GCCGAUGGUGGAAUUAGUCAACGCUUCCGCUUCUCUUCGUCAGCAGUCAGCACUAGAGCAGCACAUCGCAUCGAAAUCGAGAUGAAACCCUUUGCCUGCAUUCUGGUGAUCCUCGCCGCCAUCCUGGCCGUUGGUCAGGCCUCCCUUGGCGGUCUCCUCGGAGGUGGCGGUGGUGGAGGCGGCGGCGGUGGCGGUGGCGCCGGCGGCAUUGCACAGCUCCUGCAGAGCAAAUUGGGCGGUCUCGGCGGUGGACUUGGAGGAGGACAAGGCGGUGGCGGCGGAUACUCUGGCGGCGGCGGAUACUCCGGCGGCGGUGGUUACUCCGGCGGCGGCGGAUACUCUGGCGGCGGCGGAUACUCUGGUGGUGGCGGAUACUCUGGCGGCGGCGGUUACUCCGGUGGCGGCGGAUACUCUGGUGGCGGCGGAUACUCUGGCGGCGGCGGAUACUCUGGUGGCGGUGCUCCCCAGAAGGUCAUCAUUGUGAAGGUCAUCAGUGAGGGACAGUCCGGUGGUUACUCCGGCGGCUACUCCGGCGCCCAGUCUGGAGGCUACUCCGGCGCCCAGUCAGGUGGCUACUCUGGUGGCUACUCCGGUGCUCAGUCCGGAGGCUACUCCGGCGGCCAGUCCGGUGGCUGGAACAAGGGCUGGUAAAUCCACCCAAGUCCACUUCCGUCCCACCCAAAAACCAUCCUGAACCCCAACCAUCCAAACUUAGUUCAAACUGACAACCAAAAAGCUAUCCGAAGAAGGAGAAGAAGGAGAAACACGCGUAAAUUUCUUCAAUAGCUUAAGAUUAAUUUUUUUUUAUUUUUUAGUACACAUGUUUUUUUUAACAUAUAUAAUAGAUACUUUUUGUUAGAAUUUAUGCAAUCUGCAAGAAAAUAAUUUCCAUUCUUAAUUGA